AUUGUGGUCUGUAGUUGACUGUGGCGAGUUAAGAUUUGCAGUAAAAUAACUUAGGGAGGAAACAUACAACGUGGUCCUUAAUAUUCACAUUCAGUUUGCAAGUUCCAAGAAGGCAGACCUGAGCCUUGAGGAUUAAGCGCUGAUGUUGGACUUUCAGCAGGGUCCCUAGGUGCCUUUCACAGAGGAGAAGAAUCUGUAUAGGGAGAAGACCCACGCUCCAACUCUUUACACUCUUUUCAAUGCUUGGGCAGGCCUGUCUCAGGAUUUUGGACAGGAAUACGGCUCAGCCAACAAAAAGGGCCUUACUGUGUGCCCGCUACCUUGUGUUAGAAUCAAAUGUUUUUUUGGGUUCCUUCUCAGUCCCCAUUAUACCUCCUCUGUGUUGCUAAAAGUCCUCUGACUCUGAGAAUGUGAUGAGCAUGCCACGUGACAACUUUAGCAUCCUUAAUCACUCCCUUGGUCACUCAGCCAAUCUCUGAUUUGAGCCACCCAUCAGGCCUUGCUUCCCAAGCUUUUCGGGAACCUCGGUAUAUAAGAGGCACGUGGUCUAAGCUUAUGGAGGGCAAACCUUAGCAGACAUUUCCAAAUGCAGCAAGCAAAAGAAAACAAAACCCCUAAACUGCUGAGUCAUCACAUGAAAGAAGUCGACCUUCAGAGCUGACAUCUGCCACCUUAUUAAUUAUGGGAAGCAGAUACAGAGGGGUAAAGCGAUUUGACCAGGAAUCUGUCUCACACCUCAAAGGACAGGUCACUGCUACACUGUACAGGAGAGGUGGUGGCAGUGGGAGGGGCAGGAGGGGACAUGAUUAAAUAGAUCUAGUAAAAAUACUUCCGUGGUGGCAGCGGCAGCCUUCACUCCUCUCGCUGUAUCUUUUUAAAAAAGAUCCUAUUUCCGAGACAAAGGCAAUAUAACCUAACAAUAUUUCCUGAGAUUGCCGGAUGCUAAGAAUUGCUCAAGAACACUUGUUAUACACACUUUCUCGGGACACUCCAUUGGAGUUCGAUAGGUCUAGGACAGGACCUGGAACAAUCACCGUGCGCAAUUCUUACAAGUUAGGGUGUUUCAAUAAAAAAGUGUUAAAAGACUACAAAUUAGGAUGUUUUAACAAAAAGAAUUCACGAUACCGUUUUGUGCAGUCUUAAGCUUCAUGAUAGUAUCCCUACCACAUAACAUCCCCUACCACGUAACAGACAAAUUAAAAACCCUGUCCUACAGAAAUGUCCUUUUUCCUCCUCGUUCCUUACGUCCUUUAUCUGUCACCAUCCCUAACAUAGAGCUGGAGUAGUUUUCCUCCAUCCUAGGUGCGCGAGACACAGGCUCUACGCGGAACCGGUUGGGCUAGAGGCCACGUCCCCGUCCGGCGACCGUUCGCUCCCGUGCCGUGCUCCCAUUGGCUGGAAGUUCCCUCGUCCGGAGCCCGAGCGGUCCCUACUCGCCACGCCAGCCCAUCCGAAUACGCCCGCCCAGGGGGCGGGGCCAGGAGGGCGGGGCGGAAGGAGGGGCGGGGCCUGGCGGCGCUGGAGAGGAACGGGUGGCCUAUGGCGCGGGAGGGAGUCCGCUGCCGCGCUCCGCGAGGCCAGGCCGGGGCCGGGCCAAUCCGGGCGACUGGGCGGGCGAAAGUGGGGCCUGGCCGGCCGGGCCCUAGGUGCUGGGGGUGUGGGGACAAUGGGCCAGUUCCUGGUGCGUCACGAGGGAGUUCCUUAAAGGGGAAGUGAGCGGAGCUACUGGGCGGACGUGGGGUGCGGUGGUCGGCGGGGAAGGCCCCCCGCGUUUGUAAAUAAUGCCCGCGGCGCCCGCGCGACCAUGCAAUGGCGAGCGCUCGUCCUGGGGCUGGUGCUCCUCCGGCUUGGCCUCCACGGAGUGCUGUGGCUCAUCUUCGGGCUGGGGCCCAGCAUGGGCUUCUACCAGCGCUUCCCGCUCAGCUUCGGCUUCCAGCGCCUGAGGGGCCCCGACGGCCCCGCGUCUCCCGCCUCGGGGCCCGCGGGCCGGCCCGGGACGCCCGGGGGGCCGUCGGUGCCAUCGUGGCUUCAGCCGCAGGUCCCUGGGGCGGCGGCGGGGCGGCGGCGGGCUCCGCGGCGGCCCGGGCCGGACAUCUGCGGCCCGGGCCACUGGGGCUACGUACUGGGCGGCCGGGGCCGCGGCCGGGACGAGUACGAGAAGCGCUACAGCGGCGCCUUCCCGCCGCAGCUGCGCGCCCAGAUGCGCGACCUGGCGCGGGGCAUGUUCGUGUUCGGCUACGACAACUACAUGGCGCACGCCUUCCCCGAGGACGAGCUCAACCCCAUCCACUGCCGCGGCCGAGGACCCGACCGCGGGGACCCUUCAAAUCUGAACAUCAAUGAUGUCCUAGGGAAUUAUUCACUGACUCUUGUUGAUGCGUUGGAUACACUUGCAAUAAUGGGAAAUUCAUCCGAGUUCCAGAAGGCAGUCAAGCUAGUGAUCAACACAGUGUCAUUUGACAAAGAUUCCACCGUCCAAGUCUUUGAGGCCACAAUAAGGGUCCUGGGAAGCCUUCUUUCUGCCCACAGAAUAAUAACUGACUCCAAGCAGCCCUUUGGUGACAUGACGAUUAAGGAUUAUGAUAAUGAGUUGUUGCAUAUGGCUCACGACCUGGCCGUGCGGCUCCUCCCUGCCUUUGAGAACACCAAGACCGGGAUCCCCUACCCUCGGGUGAACCUAAAGACAGGCGUUCCUCCCGACAGCAAUAAUGAGACGUGCACGGCCGGCGCUGGUUCCCUGCUGGUGGAAUUUGGGAUUCUGAGUCGCCUGCUGGGCGAUUCCACGUUUGAGUGGGUGGCCAGGCGAGCUGUGAAAGCCCUUUGGAACCUGCGGAGCAGCGAUACGGGAUUGUUAGGCAAUGUUGUGAACAUUCAGACGGGCCAUUGGGUCGGAAAGCAGAGUGGCUUGGGUGCCGGACUGGACUCCUUCUAUGAAUACCUCUUGAAGUCUUACAUUCUCUUUGGAGAAAAAGAAGACCUAGAAAUGUUUAAUGCUGCAUAUAAGAGUAUUCAGAACUACUUAAGAAGAGGUCGGGAAGCCUGUAACGAGGGGGAAGGGGACCCGCCCCUCUACGUCAAUGUGAACAUGUUCAGCGGGCAGCUGAUGAACACGUGGAUUGACUCUCUGCAGGCGUUCUUCCCAGGACUGCAGGUUCUGAUAGGAGACGUGGAAGACGCCAUCUGCCUGCACGCCUUCUACUACGCCAUAUGGAAGCGCUACGGGGCCCUCCCCGAGAGGUACAACUGGCAGCUGCAGGCCCCCGACGUGCUCUUCUACCCGCUGAGACCCGAGCUGGUGGAGUCUACGUAUCUCCUCUACCAGGCAACGAAGAAUCCCUUCUACCUCCAUGUAGGAAUGGACAUUCUGCAGAGUCUGGAAAAGUACACAAAAGUCAAGUGUGGCUAUGCUACGCUGCAUCAUGUCAUCGACAAAUCCAAAGAGGACCGGAUGGAGAGCUUCUUCCUCAGCGAGACCUGUAAAUACUUGUAUCUGCUCUUUGAUGAGGAGAAUCCAGUACACAAAUCUGGAACCAGAUACAUGUUUACAACUGAGGGACACAUCGUGUCUGUGGACGAACAUCUUCGGGAGUCACCCUGGAAGGAGUUCUUUUCUGAAGAGGGAGGGCAGGACCCAGUGGGGAAGUCCGGGCCCAGGCCCAGACCUCAGGAGCUAAGCGUCAUCAACUCCAGCUCCAAUUGCAAUCGUGUUCCUGAUGAGAGGCGAUAUUCCCUGCCCUUAAAGAGCGUCUACAUGCGACAGAUUGACCAGAUGGUUGGCUUGAUUUGAUCUGCUCUCCCCUGUGUGGCCUCAUCUGAAACUGGACCUAAAAGCAGCUGAACCCAGGCCAGGCUGACGCCCAGUCCGAAGUGGAGGAGGAUGGGAGUCUGGCUGUCCACGAUGGUGUGGGAAUCUCUGUCCAGUUCCGCAGCCGCAUCUGGUAGAUUCUUGGAUACUUUAGCGUUUCUCUUCUGUUCAAUAAAACGCCCUGCUUGUCUUAAGGGUAUACUUUGAAGUGAGAAGGUACAUAGAAGUUGGCUUCUUACGACGUGCUGAUGUUACUGUGCACCGUGGAUGGGCCUCUUUGGCUGGAUCUUCAGACCUUCCUACUCUGGAACGCGUCGAGUCUUCUCUGCCGGCGCUUGCGUGACCGCCGCCUGGCGACCUCUCUGCCAGAGGAUUGUGAAUGAAUUUCUGUGCAACAGGGCCUGUGGUUCCCCUGACAUCCCUAUUUACUGCAUUUUGUCAUCCUCUCUCUCUUAUUGGAUAAUUAGGCUGUCUCCCAGGUCUCCACCCGCGAUUGUCAGUCACAUGGGGAAAAAUCAUCCAGUUACGCGUUUGCGCCCCGUGCGGUUCGUCGCGGUGUUACAGUUUAUUUGCUCACGAAUUUAUCCGAAUUCUAACAGGCAGUCUCUUAAGUUGUUGCCUCACAGUUUAAGAGCUUAACAGGUAGAUCUUUUGAAUGGUGUUCUACAUUUAUCGUGAACUCACCUGAGGAUCUCCCAUAGUUUCAGAACCAGGUGCCUUUGAAGGGAGAGAAAAAUACCUACGAUCGUCUGAGCUUUCAUCUGUCUUAUAUUUACUAACCAAGGAGUAUCGGUUCCGACCGUGUUUGGGUUGGAAUUGUUUUGUCUUUGUUUCCUGCGUCUAGUGCCAAUCAGCUGAGUCAGGGAGAAAGAAAUGAUCAGAUGACUUUCUGGCUUCCUUGAGCCGUUUCUCUGUGUAAUGCACGCUUUUGAUGAGUGCCUUAUCCUCUUUUGGUUUGGGCCACUGGAUGUCACAGCUGCUGCUAUGAUUUUAACAGCCUUGUUUUGUAUUGCUACAUGGUGUGACAACAGCGGAAGGGGGCAUGGGGUGGAUAUCAGGUAGGUUCUGGAAACUUCUUGGCCAGUCCUUGCCUUUCAACCUGAUAUUUUAAGCAAGCAUAUAUAAACAGGAAGUUGUGCUAAAACGCCUCUUUUCUUUGUUGGUAUCAUUUCCUUAGUGAGCACGGAACUGUGUCUCUUUGAACUUGUGCAGAGGGCUCAGAGAAAGCAGAGGUGGGUGUGAGCUCUGAGCUUUGGCUUCCCUGUAACAUCAGAGGUUGAAAUGAACCUCAAUAGAAAAGGUAGGAAGUCUCUUAAAAACCUCCAAUUUCACCUGUCAUGUGGCUCAGGCGUCACUGCUAGGACACGUCAAAUGAUUUUAUUUUAGUCUUUUUAAAGCUAGAAAGGAAUGCUGCGUAAACCAUGGCAUUUUCAGUCAAAAGGGAGGGAUUUUAUUCUUCUUGAAAAUUUAAGUGUUGCUGUCUUUAAAAUAGAUAUCUAAUUCAGUUCUCUGAGGUUUUUAGAAGAGGGAUUUUCAGUAAUCAAUGUCACCUCUGUCUUUUAAGCAUUUACUGUGCAAAUGUUUUAAAGG